UUGAAUAUUUUGUUUUCAAUCAUUCAUCUGCAGAUCUGACCAAGUAAGCAGGGCGUGUUCCUGUAGCUUUUAGCCUUUAGCUGUGUUGUUGUUGCCUUCAACGACCGGAUUACGUAGAGCUAGAAGAGUGUGGAAAGACAUGAUGAACAUAGGCGCUCUCUUGGUGGUGGCCGUAGUGGCUGCAUCCUCAAGCCAUGCGUUUCUUGUGAAGUCGAAAAGUGGCAUGCUGAAGGAUCCCCAUGUGGAAGGGUCCAUCCCGGUUCCCCCGGCUCAAUGGUUUCAGCAAACACUGGAUCACUUCGACACUCAGGUGCUGACAACCUGGAAGCAGAGGUUCUUUGUAAAUAGCACCUUUUACAAACCUGGCGGUCCAGUUUUCCUGCAGAUCGGAGGAGAGGGCACAGCUAAUCCCGUUUGGGUUGUGGUCGGUCAGAUGAUGGUUCAGGCCCAGGCACAGAAUGCAAUGGCUAUCCUGGUGGAGCAUCGUUACUAUGGGGACAGCCACCCGACCCCUGACCUUUCUCUGAGCAACAUGCGCUAUUUGAGCAGUGAGCAAGCUCUCGCCGAUCUUGCUAAUUUCCGCGAUCAAUACGGCAGUGCGAACAACCUCAGCGAAUCCAAGUGGGUCACGUUCGGUGGCUCUUAUCCCGGCUCUCUGUCCGCUUGGGCUCGUGUGAAGUACCCACAUUUCUUCCAUGCCGCCGUUGCCAGCAGCGCACCAGUGUGGUCCGUGCUCAACUUUACACAGUACUUGGAGGUGGUGCAGAACUCUAUCGGUACUGAUGGCGGUCCCGAUUGCCUGUCGGCUGUCCAGGAUUCAAUGAAACAAGUCAACGAAAUGUUGGCCACUGCCAGUGGACGCACCCAGCUGAAGGUGAACUUCAACGCGUGCAGCCCUAUUACUAGCGACGAAAUGGAGAUUGCUACGUUUGCACAGAGCGUGGCGGGCUUGUUCAUGGGGGUAGUGCAAUACAAUCGUGACAAUGUGGCAUUUGAGGGUCGCACAGAAGUUACAAUCAGUGAUGUCUGUGAAGUGAUGACCAACAAGAGUAUUAAUGUGCCCGUGGAUAAGCUUGUUGCUGUCAGCAAGCUUCUGAAUGCCAAGAAUGGCCAAUCUGGCGAGUGUUUUGACUCUGCUUACACGGACAUGGUUUCAUCCCUGAAGAAUUCUUCGUACGGUUCUCAAGAGGGUGGGCGUCAGUGGAUGUAUCAGGUAUGCCACGAGUUUGGCUUCUUGCAGAGCUCGCAAGCCAACUCGUCGGCUCAGCCGUUUGGAAACCUUUUCCCGGUCGGCACACAGGUCCAGCUUUGUGAGGAUGUGUUUGGAGUAAACGCCAGCGGUCUCGCCAACUACAUCAGGUGGUCAAACCAGAACUACGGUUCUCUGCAUCUCAAGGGCUCACGCAUCGUCUUUCCCAACGGCAACAUUGACCCGUGGCAUGCACUGAGCGUCCUGCCCGACACCAUCGACCUCGGUACCAAUGUUGUUCCUGUUCUUAUCGAUGGCACUGCACACUGCGCUAACAUGUAUCCAUCUCGCGAGGAUGACUUGCCAUCAUUGGUCGCUGCCAGGGAGACCAUUGCCAACUUGGUCUUGCUGUACAUUCAGGAUGACAAUUAGGAACGUGCAGUAUCUGCGGGUGUGCUAUGGUCACUCAUUGACGUCGCUUUUGAGUAUUUCUGCAAUUUUCCCCUUUCUAAAUCAAGCCCUUGCUCUCUUUCCUUUCCACGCGGUUUUCUUCAGUAACUCGUUUCCGAAAACACCGUGGUAUCUUGGCUUGAUGGUAUCUUGGCUUAUUUAUCUUCCAUAUGACAUUGUCCUCGAGAUUGGGUUUCUUGGAGUGUUCUGUUGCCUUGUACAGCUGUUUGAUUUCAGUGAUGUAGCGAUACGUGAACGUCUGCCCUUUUUUGUUCUUUUUUCAACUACAUACCGGUAUACGUAGAAAGCCA